ACCUAAUACAUCUCAUCUCUCCAUGAUGAGAAUUGAACUAAUCCCCAGGUAUUUGCUAGCUUAGUAAGAGGAUGGGACUGCUCACUAGAUCGGGUGUUGCUAGCACUCCGGCCUUAACUUAGCAUUUUAGCAACCAAGUUUUUGCCACCUUAUUCGACUGAUAGCUUACAAAUAUCUACUUUGUCUAACAGCCAAGUUAGUCACUAACUUAUUUGAUUAGUGAAGGUUGAAGGUAAACGAACUUUUUUUUCAAAAUAAUAUCAUAACUAGGAUUAGAGAAGGGAUAGAUAUCAUAUGUAAAAAUUAUUUUGAUUAGUUUAGUCGUUUAAUUUACAGCAUGUAAUUUCGACUUCAAAAAGCGUGUCAUAAGAAUAUGUUACAACUUACAAGUGUUUAAAAACAGAGGAUGUACAAUAAUACUCCGUACAAGUAAUUAGAUACUCCGUAUAAUAAUACUAAUUGUCAAAGUUAUAAGAUAAGAAUGAAGUAGAAAGUAGGAUUAUGGAUGGUCGAGCUGAGCAUAUAAAUAUAUUGCAUUUUAGUCAAUUAUGCGUCGUUUAGUAUAGAGUUAGUUGAUGAUAAUAAUAUGGACCAAAAAUAAAUAUUAAAUACGGUAUUUAACUCGUGAUUCACGACUGGAAUGGGGUAUAAAUUGUUUUGAUUACCAUUCGCUGACCACACUUAAAAAGUAGUCCCAAAUUUGGUAAAGCAAAAAAUAAACAGAAAUCAUGAGUUUUGGGAAAGAAGCUCCACCAUUGCCAAUGUAUGAACGUAAAGUUCUAAGACAUGUUCCUACUAUGGUUAGAAGACGAUAUGAUCCAGAUCUUAACAGCAAUUUUGAUGCAACUCAAGGUAUGUAUUCGAAACAUAGCAAUAACGAAAGUGGGGGAGCCAAAGAUGAUGCAAACCUUGCAAGCAUUGUCAAUGUUUAUGUUGAAGAUAAAUUUGUAGAUGAUGGACAUGCAAAAUUUGAUGAUGAUCAUGGUUCAUUAUGUUUAGAAGAUUGCAAAGACGAAGACAAUGGAAUUGUGGAUGGAAAUACCCAUGAAUACAUUGUGGAUGUCAGUGUAAGAAAUAUACAGGGCUUGCAUAUAGAAGAUAGCGAAAGUGAAGGUGAUGGAACUGUUGUGGAUGUUGAUGUCGAAGAUAAAAUUGAGGAUGAUGGACAAGCAAUUUUUUUUGAUGAUCAAGGUUUGCUUGCAGAAGAUGGCAAAAGCAAAGGUGAUGAAACUAAAGCUGCAAAUGUUGCUAGCUAUUAUGUGGAUAUUAGUGUUCGAGAUAAAGUCCAAGACAAUGAACUUAUUGGAAACUUUGACAAUAAACAAGGGGAGGGAUCCGGUUCUCAAGUGGAAGAAGAUUGCAAAAUCAAAAGCGAUGGAUCUAUUGAUGCGAUUGUUGUUAGUGCCAUAGAUCAGCCAGUAGAAAUUGCUAAUGAAAACUUUGACGAUAAACAAGAAUUUAUCCAAGGAGCAUUGGAGAAUACAGUGGAACAGGACGGCUACGAUUUACGUUGUCCCAUUUGCAAGCAGUAUUUCACCCAAACAAUGAUUUUGAGACGAAGGGAAGACCGCCAACCAUACAAAACAACAUGCUUUUCCAGUUUAGAUGCUUUAUUUUGUAGCAACCGGUGGUAGUUGUCUAAGGACAAACAGUCUCGUGAUCUCAUUUUGGCAUUGGUAUGAGUAAUAUGCGAGCUGAUGAGCAAGCUCCAUCAACAUACAUCGGCUGUGUUGUGGCGAACCCAGUGUAGCUAUCUACAGCUUAGAAAAUGAAAUCUCUCUUGUGGAUAGAUAUAAUGUAACGUUUGGGGGUCUUGUAGGCUUUGCCAAACCCUCUUUAGUUAUCUUGGCCUUUCUAUAGACUAUAAUGGUAUAAUGAUACGUUAGAUAUAAGCGAACUAUCAACAUACGUCUGGUGCAUCACACAUCCACACAUGUUUAACUAGUAUUAUUUAUCAAUUAUACCUUUAUACAUGUGGUACAUAACACAUGAUUUCUUUUAAGAGGAUGAAUUACGUAAUGUGUUGUUGUUUAAACGUAUUUUUAAUUUUUUAUUGGAAAGUAUUGAAAACCUAGCUAGCCUUAAAAUAAGAGUGGAAAAAAUUACUUCACAAUGGUUCUAAAAUAUUACUCCGACUUCGUAUAAUAAAAUAUUUUCUUAAGGUAAAAAAUUUUUCUUUGAAAAAGUUUAAGCGGCUCCAUCUUAAUUAACUUAGGUGCAAUGCUAAAAAAAUACAAAAAUAUGAUUAAAAUUUUGGGUGAUAUUUCAUGUGGUGCAUCAAACUUUAUUGUUAUGAGUGUUGCCAAUUAAACUUGUAACAUCAUGUUCUUCCGUACCAUUUGCUAUUGAAUUCACUCAAAAUUUUAAUGAGCACAAGAUGAACAAGAUAUUAUCAUGUUUAGUGAGUAAUAAGUACAAACCGAGUACAUACAUGCAAAAAAUUUCAAGCCGAGUCGAGCACGCACCCUUCAUCAGCUUGCGAUCAACUCAAUUGAUUAGCAUCCUAAAUCAUGCCAAAAAAAUAAUGGAAAAAAAAAACAAAAAUAUAAAGUCGUGCCUACAAGUAAUUAUGUAAAGGGAAUCAAAUCAAUGAUAAUUAAUUAUAAGUGGGGCAAUACUAUCCCCUCAAUAUGCUCAGCCAAAAAGAAUAAAAUGAAGGAAAAAAAAAGGAAAUUCCCAUUGAUACACUUCAGGUUUUGACUUUUUCCAACGGUAUCACAUUUUUUUUUGACUUCCUAAUGAUACACCCAAGUUUAUGACUUACUAACUCACGUGAUUAAGUCUGUUAAUCAGACGUUAAUAAGUUAGUAAAUCUAGGUUAAAAUAUAAUUUUGUAAAAAAAAAAA